CAGAUAUUUCUCCCCCGCCUCCGCUUCGUUCGCCCCCGCCGGGAAGAAUUAAAAACUUUUGUAGCGUCCCUUCGAACCGAUCCUCCCGUCUCGCUCGUCCCCCUCCCAGUUCGAUGCCGUGGUAGCCUCUCUGGUGCGAGUCCUGCGCCGCGCCGAAGCGUCGCAUCUCCCGGCGGUCCGUCGCUUGCCGCGUUGCCAUGGACGCCGGAGCCGGAUCCGGCAAUGCCUCCGGCGGCGCCGGCGCGUCCGCCUGCUGCUACUACGCCCUGCUCGGCAUCCGCAAGAACGCCUCCGCCACCGACGUACGCGCCGCGUACAGGAAGCUCGCGCUGAAGUGGCACCCGGACCGGUGGGCGAGCGACCCCGGCGAGGCCGGCGAGGCCAAGCAGCGGUUCCAGCGGAUCCAGGAGGCGUACUCCGUUUUGUCGGACAAGGGGAGGAGGGCCAUGUACGACGCCGGGCUCUUCGAUCCCCUCGACGACAACGAGGAGGUGAAUAAUGCCUCCGAUUUCACCGACUUCAUGCAGGAGAUGCUGGUGAUGAUGGAUAACGUGAAAAACGAGAAGCCGGACACGCUGGAGGACCUGCAGAAGAUGCUGCAGGACAUCGUUAACGGCGACGGCGGGAGCCGCGGCGGGCGCGUGCCGUCGGACGGGACCCGGCGGACGCGCGUCGCGCCGUACCCCCAGCAGCAUCGCAGGUGACCGGCGCGCCGGUGUACGAGAUGUACACGCGCGCUGCCGUCCUGCCUACGCUCUUAGUGGAAGAGACCAGAGAAUCUGAGAAGCUAGGGCAGCUCAUGAAAAGAGGGGAGAAAUUGUUCGUCGUGUUACCACUUUUGGGCCAUCUGUAGUCGCCUUUCAGUAGUCGAUUGUGUUGGGUUUGCUGUUCCAUUCCGGCCGCGUCGUCCACCGAGGAUUGGCGGACGCGUGGCCGGGGACUCCAAUUAUCCUUGUCACUGGAAAUUUUUACUCUUUUCCUUCCA